CCAAGUCUGAUGAUCAUGCAUGCCAUUAACAUCUCCACGUCAGUCAUCUUCCUCCUCCUCCUCACCCUGUUCAUUUCAUUCCUUCGGUCACCGACAUGUGUGGCGGCGACGGCGAAGGAGGAUCUGACAUGGCUGCUGUCAAGGGGUGAGCUGGUUCGGCUCGCCGGAUACGGCGAAGAAAGGCUCUCCUCUGUGAUCGUUACUGGCUCUCUUCAAUACCAAGCUCGCAGCUUUUCUUCAGGCUCUAUUUACCUCACCACUUCCUAUGCCAAAGGUGUAAAGGUGGCAGUUACAUGUAAAAACGAAGAAGGAAGAAUGAGGAGAAGCAACUUCGCCUAUGGAAGAACUGAUGCGUUCGGGGAUUUCAUCAUCAACAUUCCAUCUCAUCUGCAUGCCGUUCCCAAAUUUGAAGAUUCGUGCUCUGUUAGGAUCCUCGGGCCACAGAAGAAGUACUCCCAAUCUUAUCAUCAAAUUAUAUCAGUAUUAAAUCCCAUACGCAUAAAAUUAUCUUAUGCGGGCAAUGACGUUCGAGUUUAUUCAACGGGAACGGUGAGGACUAGUCUGAGAGGCUAAUCUUCAUAUAUGUUGCUUGGGCUUGGAGAUAAAGAAGAUAUAUAGUGAUCAAUGCAUAAUUUACAUAUUAUUGUAUGUUUGCAUGCACGAAAUCUUAUGUAAAACCGCAACAUUUAUGUAUAGUGUGAUAUUAAUACAGUGAUCAAUCUUCAUGUAACAUGCAAUUCGCAGCUUUGCAUCUACAUUGCAUUUGGAUUCAUGUAUGUAUGUAGCCAGUCAUGCAUGUAUCAUCAACUAAUUUGGCCUCUGCCUAUAAGGAGGAAGUUAUGCUUGAGGAAUAGAAGGAUAAGAAAAUAAAAAAGAAAU